AUGUAUUCCGCCAUCAGUACUGUCGACGGCUCAUUGCCCAAUUCUAUCCCCGCAAAGAACAAGCUACAACGGCCAGGGAUCGCCUCUGAACAGUACCAGUUUCACGAUGAGCCUCCAGACGCAGACUUUGCCGAUGAUGCUCCUACUGAGCCUGCUGCAUCUCUAGCACGAAGGGCGGCUACGCCGCCUGGGCCGUACAAGCCUGUGAAACUCGUUCAAUGGGGCAUCUACUGGCUGACUAUUGUGCAGAUGAUUUCCUUCUUCGCUGCUGGCGUCGCUUUUUCCGUCGGCCAUCACUUGUUCUACAACUCUCUCAACGGCACAGAAGUCACAGCCACGAAGAAUGGAACCUCGCGAUGGGACCUGCAGCGACAAGAAUGGAAGAUCCGGGUCGGUACGGGCUUCGCAUUCAUCGCCAAAACGUGUCUUGCGAGCGCCAUUGUCGUCGCCUACAAACAGCGCGUCUGGACGUCCUGCCGGCAAAGGGCAUACUCCAUCGCUGGCCUGGACGCCCUCUUUAGCGCCCCAACCGACUUGCUCGCGUUUAUAAACUCGGAGCUGCUCUGCUGCAAACUAGCAACUGUUCUUGCGGCUCUGGUCUGGCUCCUGCCAUUAUCUGCCCUCAUCACACCAGCAACAUUGACUAUUGUCCCAUCUCGCCAGCGCAAGGAGGCCAUCUCCUCUACUUACAAGGAUCUCCAUGGCGGCCGCUUCAAGCAUGAACAUCCUGCCCAUGCCCGCACAAGCCCCAAACUCGUCAUGGACGGUGCACUUCACCGGACCAUCCCUGCAGUGUCAAGAACCACCGCCAGGACUACUAGAAAUUCUCGAUGCGGUGAUCUUCGCUGGUUUUCGUUGUUUGGUGCAAAAGGCGGCGCGGACGACUUUGCUCGGGACUGUGUUUUAGGAGGCGCCGUCUGUUCCGACGAUCCCAGAGGUCGAAGUCGGCCUCUCGUAAUGCGUCUUCGCGAGAAGUCCUACGCGUGUUUGUUGAGAAACACAUCAUACUCUGCUCGCUUCCAUUCCUCUCUAUUGCAGACUACGGUUGAGCUCAUUGCGCACAAGUGGCAAGAUAUGGAUACUUCCUAUGACCCAACGUACGGGGUAGUUGGCAAGGCGAUAGCAAAGAUGCUAACUGGAGCAUAUUAUUUCUCUCUUGAACUGAAGGGAGAAGGAAAGGACGUAAUCAUGAGAUUGGGGUCUGCGCGGACGUCCAUCGACAGUACUGCCCUUAUGGGAGCUCUGGAAGAUCGAGUGAACAAUGCCUACUACAAAGAGAUAUUCAAGACGAGCCCCAAAGAUGCUGCACUGACCAGUAACAGUUCACUUGGCGAUUUAGUGGAGGAGCUGUCGAGGAAUAUUACCCUGAGCCUUUUCAGCAGCACGAGACUAUGGGCAAACAAGACUGAUUGGUACGACACCAUGGUCACUUUUGACAGAUCCAUCAACAUAUACAGAUACAACGCCCAAAACCUCUGGAUCGCGUAUGGGGUUGCUAUCGGUGUAACUCUCGUUAGCAUCGGUGUGGGCUUCCUCGCUCUCUUCUCCAACGGCGUCAGUCAUGGUAUCAAUUCUUCGAACAUUCUUGCGACAACGAGAAACUCUUCCUUGGACGAACUUUUUGUUGGUUCUUCAUUGGGAGCGCUUCCGGUGUCCAAGGACGUUUUGGAUGCCAAGAUUAUGUUUGGUGUAUUCGAGGAGGAUGGAAAUGAUGGCGAUGGAGAUCAUCAAGUGGCGGGUAGGGUUGGGUUCGGGCUUGAGUCCCAAGUCAAGAACAUUGAACGAGGGGCUGAGUGUUAUUGA